UCUAAGACGAAAUUUGUUAACAGGAAAACCUGCCCACCUAUUUGAUGAAACAAAUCCAGACUGGGCCCCGACAUUAAAGAUGCGUCCUGCUGUUGCUUUACAAGCUGAAAACCCAAAAGCCAAAAAUCCUCUUCAAAGGUUGAAAAGGGUCCAGCAACGUCAUGCAAAGAAGCUCCAAGAAAUAGUACAAAAUGGGCAAGAUAUCUUACAAGAUGAAAAUAUCCAAGACAAUAUUGAAGAGGAACGUACUGCAGAAGAUCUGGCAGCAGAGUUGAAGACCACCAUUCUUGAGAGGGACACACUGCGGCAAGAAAGAGAUGCUCUUCAGCUGCGGGUAGACAUCCUGGAAGCAGAGAACAAAAGAUAUCAUCAACAGUACGGGUUUGAAGAGGCAGGUCUGGAAAAUGACCAGAAAAAAGUACACUUUUAUACUGGUCUACCAUCAUUCACCUUACUUAUGGCAGUUUUCAACUUAUGUAAAGACCAUGUGCCCAGCUCCCAUCGGAAUGUCCUGACCCCAUUUCAGGAGUUCAUGGUGGUGAUGAUGAGACUUCGGCUAAAUCUCUUGAUGGAAGACUUGGCCUUUCGAUUUGGUGUGACCCAGUCAACCAUCUCCAGAAUCAUAACAAGAUGGCUGGAUGUUAUGGCACUGCGGCUGAAGAGUUUCAUUGUGUGGCCUGAGAGAGAAGUCUUGAUUAAAACUAUGCCAGAGUGCUUCAAAAAGAAUUUUGGGACUUCAGUUACCCUCAUAAUUGACUGCUUUGAACUCUUCAUAGAAACACCUUCCAAUCUGGUCGGAAGAGUGGGUUCUUGGUCACAGUACAAGCAUCACAACACCGUCAAAUUCUUGAUAGGCAUAACACCUCAGGGCACAAUCUGCUACAUCUCUAAGGCAUACGUCGGAAGGAUGCAGGACACGCAGCUGACAAACCACUGUGGAAUCCUGGACAAUCUGAAAUCAGGUGAUGUGGUAUUGUCUGACAGAGGUUUCAACAUCUCAAACACAGCUGGCUUCUUGAGGGCCCAUGUUGUACAGCCAGCGUACCUCUUUGGCCGCCCACAGCUCACGGGGGAAGAAGUAGAUUCUACAAGAAAGAUAGCAGCUGUCAGGGUCCAUGUUGAGAGGGUCAUCGGUCUUGUUAGAUUAAAGUACAGAAUUCUUUCAGACCGAAUGCCUACUGAUUCGCUCAAGACAAAGCCAGAUCAAGCAAUGCCACCAGUGGACCAAAUAGCUGUAGUUUGCUGUGCUCUGUGCAACUUGUGCCCCCCCAUCAUCCCAAUGUUUGACCGAGAAGAAUAGAUGAAGUGUUUCUAGGUUUAAGCAAUAUACAUAUUAUACCUGUAUUUAACUGUUGUACUAGUAUUAAUUUCCAUUUAUAUCAGUAUCUGUUUUUGAAUGCUAAGGUCAUGAACGCUGAGUUUCUAUAGACUAAUUUAAAUUAAUUUCAUUCAAUUCUAGUAUGAAGUACAUAUAUGAUUGUUGUUAUUUAUAAAAUACUUGCCUGCAUGAAAGUCAUUUCUCACUUGGAGGAUAUGAACGAGGAACUGGAACAUAAUAAAAUGAACUAAUUGGUUUUGAUAAGACAAUUGACACUACUAAAACUUUAUCGGAAUCAUAAUUACCUUUGAUUUGUGGUCACCACUUCACAGUCUUCACGUUGUCAUGAAACAACAGUCAUGUAGCCGACUCUUGAAGCAUCGUCACCACAUACCUCUCAAAGGAAAUAAUUCAGAAGUCAACGUUUUAAAAUAUAUGUAUUUGGCUAUGGAAUGUUAUGACUUGUAAUAAAUUACAAAAGUUAUAAGGGCAAUUAAGAUUUAUAAAAAGGGGAAGAACAAAGCCCUUCAAAAAUUAAAUAAUCUAUCCAUAUCAAAAUUUAAUAUAAUCAAAUAUUCUACCCAAAUCACGUUCGAAUUCCAUGUAAAUUCAACCAAACAGUGACUGAAAGAGACGCGCGGCGGCAUGCAACAGCUCGUAUUUCAUAGCUUGUACUGGGAGAAUUAAUCACAUCCAACAGUCAAAAACUGUCCCAAUCUCAUCAGAAAGGACGAAAAUAGCGAUAUAAUGCGGCACCGGGUCACAACUCCGCGUUAAAACCGCAAAUCGGCCUAGAAAUAAUCACCUUAUAAGCCGGGGCCUAUAGGGGGGCUGCAGCGGAUGUCCACUGUCAUGGCCGCCGCCCACCGCC